AUGGGCGGCUUCGCGACGACCCUGCUGACCGUCUCGCUGGCCAUGAUGAACUUUCGCGGCGUGACCGUCCAGACAAUGUUUGUCGGCAACCUGUGUUUCGUGGCUUGCGUUGGUCUAAUCAUCAGCGCCCAAUGGUUCAUGAUCAAGGGAGACACUUUUUCAUACACUGUUUUGACGGCGUUUGGACUCUUUUACGGCGGCUAUGGCGCUGUCAUGAUACCCUGGUUUGGGGUCGUCGAUGCGUACGGCGGCUUCACGCCCGAAUUCUACAACGCAUUUGGGUUCUUUAUUCUCAUCUGGGGCGUGCUAAACAUCUUUUUCCUGAUCGCCUCCAUAAGACUGAGCAUCGUGUAUGUCCUCGUGUUCACGGCGAUUGAGUUCUGCCUCGUCCUUGACGGAGUAUCUCAGUUCGUCAAGGCGGAUGGCCACGACGAGACGUACGCAAAGAUGCAAAAGGCGGCCGGCGCAUUUGGCUUCAUUGCCGGCUUGCUGGGGUACUACUGCACGGCGCACUACUUGUGUGAGGAGGCACUGGGCUUUUCCGUGCCAAUGGGCGACACGUCCCGGUUUUUCGUGAAGCGCCGGAAGACGAGUUAA